AAAGACGAACUUAUUGCCGUGAUUCGUGAGCAUCACUGUGUGCUGCCGGAAUCUCUUCGUCAGACGCUGGAUGUGGAUAUGUCCAGCACACAGCAGUAUGCACCUCGUGGUGCGCCAACUUCGGUGUCCGUCCCCACUACUGAAAUCGGUCCGUAUCCACAGCCACCGUUACCAUCACCGCAAGCAAUGGUUCGCCGAAAACGACCGGCCAGUGAGAUGAUACCCGAGUUAAGGCAUCCGCCGCAGUCCUGUGCGCCCCCGGCGACACUGAGCACUGGUUGCCAAGCAAAUAUCAUUACUUUAGCAAAACCUGCCACAAUGCAGGUGAAGCAGGAACCAACGCUGUUUGAUGUGAAUGGCCGUGACUUGUCGGAUGAAGAUAUCAAACGACCCACAUCUCUACCGUUCUUGGAAAAUGCAACAAGGACUACAACGUACAGCUCCGGCGCGCUGAGUAGCUCUGGUAUACCAAUCACGACACCAUCUAAUCUGAUCGCAGGA